CGCCUGUGACGUGUCGGGGGCCGGCCGGAAGUGGCCUUUAUUUCCGCUUCCGGCCGAGGCUCGCUCUUUCCGCUCGGCGAGGACAGGCCGCUGGACGCGCGUGGAAGGUAACACUCGGCUGCCAAGAUGCAGAUCUUCGUGAAGACCCUGACUGGCAAAACCAUCACCCUUGAGGUAGAGCCCAGUGACACCAUUGAGAAUGUCAAAGCAAAGAUCCAGGAUAAAGAAGGCAUCCCUCCCGACCAGCAGCGUCUGAUUUUCGCAGGGAAGCAGCUGGAGGAUGGGCGAACUCUUUCGGACUACAACAUCCAGAAAGAGUCCACCCUCCACCUGGUGCUGCGUCUCCGCGGAGGCAUCAUCGAGCCGUCCCUCCGACAGCUCGCCCAGAAGUUCAACUGCGACAAGAUGAUCUGCCGCAAGUGCUACGCCCGCCUGCACCCCCGUGCCGUCAACUGCCGCAAGAAGAAGUGUGGCCACACCAACAACCUGCGCCCGAAGAAGAAGGUCAAAUGAGGAGCACGGCCGAAUCUCCCUCUCUCCCUUCUCUGGAUCGGCUUGAUGCCAGCGAAGGGCUUGAUCAUGUCCGCAGGAAAGUCAUUUUCCUCCUCAUGAAUUAAAAUUUCCAUGCUCCAAGGAA